UACUAAAAGAGAGAAGGGCAGCACAUUCAACACAAAAUACACAAGUUAGAUAUUUUAUUCAUUUUUACAUUAAAUUUAGUUUUGAAUUAACUCACACGCACACUGUAAGUGUAUUAAAAUGAAUGUAUUCAUACAACAUGGUACUGCAAUUACACAUUAUAUUUCAUAAAUCAUUUGUAAUAUUAUUACAAAAGCAAAAGAGAAAAAAAAGCUGACUCGAUAUCAAAAUCGUUGUUUUUCUACCGUCAAACAGCGAAGGAAUUUUUCGAAUCCUUCAUUUCACCGCUGAGAUAUCCCCUUGGCAAUGUGUCUAGAACCCCAUGCUUCAAAAACAACUGCGAUCGACUAGCUGUGCGUUUUGCUGCUCUGGUCUUACAACUAUCUGAUGACGGUGAAGUCACCCUGAUCACGUUGUAGGGGAGGUCACAAGCUGUCCAAUCAUACCUUGACUUUGUUUGUAGCCCAAUCCAUUACAGAGCAAUCGAUGUGCGAAGUAAACAGAGCCACAUCUAUUGCAAGCAAGCGCGCUGCAUUACGCACAACGGAUCACGGUUUCUUAACAUUUUCUGAUCAUUUUUCAAUUUGUAAAAUUUGUAAAAUCGAACAAAAUGUGGAGCAGUGUUCCAAAGCAUCCCAAACGAAGUCGAUUCAGUGUUUCUGAAGAUUUGGAGGAGAUGGAUACGAGUGAAAGUGACGGCGAAAGUGAUCAACUUUCUGGGUUGGAGAGCGCUGAUUCAAUGUCUGAAGCAGCAUUUGAAGAUGGAUUGGAUCCUCUUCAGGAUUUAAAACCCUCCCCCCUCAACAAGUGAGAGUUUUGAUGUUUCUCAGCAGAAAAGCAGACGAUCCAUUCCCACCCCUCUCCCUUAUAUCACCUCAAGCAUGCCAUCAAGACCAGUUGAGAGCAGGCGGGCAAGCACCCCCACCCCCACAACCUCAGACCCUGAGGAGAGGUGGAAAUUUGUAACUGAGGACGACGUCGAACCCGUGCAGCACCGCUUCUGUCCUGCACGAGCACCUGGAGCACAACUGGAUACUUCAAAAAAGUAUUCCCCGCUAGACCUCUUCCAGCUUUACUUCAGCAUGAACGUCGUUCAAUCUUUGUGUACAAACACAAAUAAAAAUGGAAAAAAGCAGCAGGCCCAGGGGAAAAAAUACCAGUGGGAUCCAGUUUCAAUCAAGGAGCUCUACCAGUUUUUAGGAAUCCUAAUUUUCAUGGGGCUACUGACAACUCACACCGUGAGGGAUUACUGGAGUCCACGUAGGCCUUAUGGAAUCCCAUUCUGUCACACUGUGAUGUCCAGGAAGAGAUAUGAAGCCAUCGCUUGGACUCUGCACAUAAGUGACCCAGAGGAAGAUAAAGAGAAUGAUCAGAAGAAAGGAACUCCACAACACGAUCGCCUCUUCCGUCUCAGACCCCACUUGGAUUCCCUCCUCCUGUCCUGCAAGGCAUACUACCACCCCCGACAGAACCUUUCAAUUGAUGAACGCAUGGUGGCCUCAAAAGCCAGGAUCGGGUUCAAGCAGUACAUGAAAGCAAAGCCGAUAAAAUGGGGCUUCAAGCUGUUCGUGCUGGCUGAUGCCCACAACGGGUACACAUGUGAUUUCAACAUCUACACAGGAAAAUCCAAAUCGGAUUCUGGGAAAGGACUGAGUUAUGACUCCGUUAUGAACCUCAUAAAGGUGUCAUACUUAGGCACAGGGUACCAUGUGUAUGUUGACAAUUUCUACACCAGCACAACACUGUUUCGGGACCUUUACAAGCUCAAAUUUGGAGCAUGUGGGACCAUUAGAGAAAAUCUUCAGGGCUUCCCACGGACAAAAGAAAACGCCCUUCCUAAAAAAGCUGAUAGGGGGACAAUUCGCUGGAUACGAAGUGACAAACUGCUGUACACCAAGUGGAUGGAUACACGUGAAGUGACGAUGUGCAGUUCCAUUCAUAAAGUGUACACAGGAGACAAAGUCCAGAGACGGGUAAGGAAUGAAGAUGGGACUUGGGGAAUGCGGAAUGUUCCUGUUCCUACUCCUGUAAAGGCCUACAAUCAGCACAUGGGAGGGGUGGAUUUGUCAGAUGCCCUUAUAAAAUACUACAACAUGGCACAGAAAACCAAAAAGUGGUACAAGAAAAUUUUUUAUCAUUUCAUUGACAUUGCUGUUGUCAACAGUUUUCUGCUCCAUAAGGAAUUGGCACAGGCUCAAACUACAAAGGCACUUUCACAGAAAACGUUUAGAGAGGAGCUAUGCAAGCAGCUGGUGGACAUCAGGCUUGUGGAGCAGGAGGCCAGUGUGAGUACAGGUAAACUCUGUGUCCCUGUAGCCAUUACAGAGGGCAAGGAACUCGACCCCUCCAUGAAGUCCUCCUCCGGGCGUAGACACUGUGCUUUGUGCAAUGAAGGGAAACUCAGGAACAAAACGCCCUGGAAAUGCGAAGCCUGUGAUGUGCCAUUAUGUGUCAUUGUGGACAGAAACUGCUUCAAGAAAUGGCACAUGCGUUAGGAAAAAAAAGACUUAAAAAAAACAACUUUCCAAGUAUCUUGCUUUUUCUUAUUAGCCGCUGUGUUGUCCUGCUUAGUAUUUAGUAUGUCUUUAUAUUCAUCAGGAAGUUAAAUUAGCCUUCUAAUUUCAAUGGUACCCAAGUUUGGGUUCCUUCUAUUAUAAUUCGACUGAACUCAGAUUAAUGUUACUGUCUUCAGUCACGUUUCUUUCUAAAUAAAUCCAAAAUAAAAUAUUUCCUACUAAAAUACUUAAUAUGAAUCUGUCAAUGCAGAAGCCAAUUUAACAAAUAGAUCCAUAAUAAAAUGAUAAACUAUAGUUUUAAAAUGUAUCCAGGAGGAUUUGUUUUAAUUUCAAUAACAUUCCCUGUUUUAAUUCUCAACUCUCCAUUUUACAGCUCAAACUCCACUUUUCAGCAUAAAAACUACAAACAUGAAUCCAUAAGUAAUUCUGGCUGGUUUAAGUGUAUUUUACUA